AGUGUUCUUAGUACAUGUCCUUCCGAAUCUUGCGGAGGUAAUUCCUCCCGAAAUUCGGAGGGGCAUGUUCUACCAACACGAUGGUGCACCUGCACAUUUCGCCACAAAUAUCCGGGCAUAUUUAGACGAAGCCUUUCAGGACAGGUGGAUUGGCCGCGGCGGUCCUGUUGCGUGGUCCCCACGAUCGCCGGAUAUGAAUUCGCUGGAUUUUUUUUUCUGGGGAUGUUUAAAAAGCCACGUCUACAAAGUUGCCAUUUCCUCGCCUGACGAACUAGUGGCCCGAAUACAUGGCGCGGUGGCUUUAAUCACACCAGAAAUGCUGCAACGCGUGCAACAAAACAUAAAAAAACGUAUGACUGCAUGUGUGGCGGCAAAAGGGGGAUACAUCGAACCCCAUUUAUCGUAAUAACAAUUUGAGACAAUCGGCCCCUCUCGGGGCCACCCAUUAUUUAAACGUAGGAAGAACUACGGAAAAUAUCUGAAACAAGUAAAUAACAAUGUGAAAAAGUGAUAGUGAAAAAUUCUGUGAAAAGUAAUAGCGACCGUUCAGUGAGUUCAAUGAUCCCGCUUGGAAAUCAGCUGUUCAUUUUGGCAAAGGAAAAAGUUGUUUAGAAUCACAUUGUCAAUCAUCCCUCAAACGUUGAUCACGUAGUCAUUGGACACCCUGUAUACCACCUGCUUCAAUGGUGGAACACAAUUUACUCUGCUCAGGUCAGAAUAUUUGUUGCAGAAAUAUACUAACUUCUGACACUCCUUGUGUUCACCGAAAAUAUGACUCUGUACAUUUUUCAUAUCCUCCUUCAAAUUUUUUAUUUGAUCGACUAGUCUGAUUUUUUCUUUGAACCGGUAUUCUGCAGCUUUUUUUAUUCCAGUACGCAGCCGCAGAGCAUUGUUUUUUACGACAGCUCUUAGCUCUUUGUAGCGGCCUUUUGCUACGAUGUCGUUUAUUUUCCUACUGAAAUUCCGUAGCAGGUGAUUGGUGCAUUCUAUUUUUCGUAUUUGCACCAUAUACUCUUUAUAUGGAUCAUUGUUCAAUAUUUUCUUGUACACGCUGCUAUCGCCAUCGGCAAGUAAUAGAGAAUAAACUAGGCCGUGCAUUUCUAUCCUGCAUUUGAAUCCUUCGACGAAAGCAGCACUUUCCAUACCUGUUGAACUUUGCUGACGACCCCAGUUUUUGAAACAACGAUACUCGCCCGCUGAUUCUUUCUUUUUUGCUGCUAUUUGGCAAAUCAUACAAAAUUUAUUUUUCACGCUGAUAUACAGCACCUUUUUCGUAUGGUAUCCCACGAUGGCUCCUACGCCAGAAAGAGAAUUGUAGUCUCCUCCGCGGUACGAUCUUUUCAUCCAGCUGCCAUCUGCGAC